AUGCCUGGAACCGUAAUGAAUUGCCUGUUUUCUCCAAAUAUCUUCUUCUUUACCUUGUUUGUCUCAGUUAUAUCUCUUCUCUUCUCUCAUAGCUACUCCAUUGAUGAACAAGGCAAAGCUCUUUUAACCUGGAAGAAUAGUUUAAAUUGCCCCACAGAUGCUUUGAAAUCCUGGAAUCCUGCUGACUCCAGUCCAUGUAAAUGGUUUGGGAUCCAUUGCAACUCGAAUGGAGAAGUGGUGAAUAUAAGCCUUAAUGCACUAGAAUUGGAAGGUCCGGUGCCUUCAAAUUUUCAAUCUCUCAAGUCCUUGAAGACCCUUAUCAUCUCAUCAUGCAGUCUCACCGGCACGAUUCCAAAAGAAAUUGCAGAAUAUCACGAGCUCACUUCCAUUGAUCUCAGUUACAAUUCUCUGUCAGGUGAAAUCCCCUCAGAAAUAUGCAGUCUAGAAAGAUUGCAAAGUUUAGAUCUCAACACCAACUCUCUUAAAGGUGAAAUUCCUCCUGGCAUUGGGAACUUGUCAAAUCUUUCAUUUUUGUCACUCCACAGCAAUCAACUCAGUGGGAAAAUUCCAAAAACUAUUGGAGAAUUGGGCAAGCUACAAUUGUUCCAAGCAGGUGGGAAUUAUCUAGAGGGUGAAAUACCAGAAGAGAUUGGAAACUGCAGCGAGCUGCAGAGCCUGUACUUGUUUAAGAAUUCUUUAUCUGGUCCGAUCCCUAACCAAAUUGGAAGCUGCAAAGAGCUCAUAUUUAUGGAUAUCUCACAGAAUUUCCUAACGGGCAAUCUACCGAAAACUUUCGGAGAACUUACAAAGCUUGAAGAUGUAAGAUUAUGGGGUAACGCCUUUGAGGGUGAAAUUCCGGAUGAUUUUGGAAACUGCGCAGAGAUGAGGAAUUUUGAUGCUGCGAAGAAUUUUCUAACUGGAAAAAUACCUAGAGGUUUUGCAAAACUUGUUAAGCUUAAAGAUCUAAGAUUGUGGAACAAUAGUUUUGUCAUUGCAAUCCCAGAUUAUCUUGGAAACUGCACAGAGUUGACAUCCUUGGAUCUCUCAUUGAAUCAUAUAACUGGUAGCAUACCAAGAAGUUUUGGAAACCUUGUGAAGCUUCAAGAUGUAAGAUUAUUUAACAACAGUUUAACAGGUCCAAUUCCUGAUGUUCUUGGAAACUGUACAGAGCUAACAUACUUGAGUAUGUCAACAAAUUUUCUAACUGGCAACAUACCAAGAAGUUUUGGAAAACUUGUGAAGCUUCAUAAUCUAAGAUUAUGGAACAACGGUUUAGUAGGUUCAAUUCCAGAUGAUCUUGGAAACUGCACAGAGCUGACAUACUUGAGUAUCUCAUCCAAUAAUCUAACUGGCAACAUACCAAGAAGUUUCGGAAAACUUGUGAAGCUUCAAGAAUUAGUAUUAUGGAAUAACAGCUUAGUGGGCGUAAUUCCAGAUGAUAUUGGAAAUUGCACAGAUUUGACACACUUGGAUUUCUCAAUCAAUCUUCUAACCGGUAGCAUACCAAGAAGUUUUGGAAAACUUUUGAAGCUUCAACAAUUUAGACUAUGGACCAACAACUUAACCGGUGCAAUUCCAGAUGAUAUUGGAAACUGCACAGAGCUGACACACUUGGAUCUCUCAUUCAAUCUUAUAAAUGGUAGCAUACCAAGAAGUUUUGAAAAACUUGUGAAGCUUCAGGAAUUAAGAUUAAAGAAAAACAAUUUAGUGGGCGCAAUUCCAGGUGAUAUUGGAAACUCUAAAGAGCUUACGUACUUGGAUCUCUCAUCCAAUCUUCUAGCAAGUAACGUACCAAGAAGUUUUGGAAAACUUGUGAAGCUACAAAAGCUUUACUUAAGUUACAAUCUAUUGUCAGGUGCAUUACCUUUUGAAAUUGCAAACUGCACAGAGCUCAUCGAACUGUUUUUAGACAACAAUAACUUUUCAGGUGGGAAUUAUCUCGAGGGUGAGAUACCAACAGAGUUAACAAACUGCACCAUGUUAGUUCGGUUAGGUUUUGGUGAAAACAAUAUUUCUGGAAUUCUUCCAUCGUCAAUUGGAAAGCUGAAAAGACUUGAACUAUCAUUCAUUUAUAGAACACAGCUCUCAGGUCAUAUCCCAGAAGAGAUUGGAAACUGCAGCAAGUUGCAGUCCCUGAUGUUGUGUGAGAAUUUAAUAUCUGGCCCAAUUCCAUGGCAAAUUGGGGAGCUCAACAAGCUUCAAGUGUUACACUUAUAUAAGAACGGGUUGAAGGGAGUGAUUCCACGAGAUAUUGAAAACUGCACAGAGCUAACGGACUUGGAUCUCUCAUUCAAUCUUCUAACAAGAGGGAUACCAAGAAGUUUUGGAAAACUUGUGAAGCGUCAUCAUUUAUCAUUAUGGAACAACAGCUUCUUGGGUGCAAUUCCAGAUGAUAUUGGAAACUGCACAAAACUUAUAUUCUUGGAUUUCUCUAUGAAUCUUCUAACCAGCAAUAUACCGAGAAGCUAUGGACAACUUGUGAAGUUUCAAGAGCUUUACUUAGGUGUAUUAACUUUUGAACUUGCAAACUGCACACAACUCACCCAUCUGUCCUUAAAAAACACUAAAUUUUUGGGAAAGCUUCCUCUUGAUCCAUUGGCAAUCUAG